GCGGCGUGAGAAUUGAGACAAAGAGCGAGGAGGAGGAGGAAGAAGAGGACACUCGGGCUCUGCCACAUUCCUGUGAAGAGGAAGGCGGGAGGCGGCGUUAGCCCUUUACGGACAGCUGGGUUCAGCGCUGCCCUCAGCUGCUGUUGGCGUAUUUACAGACGUCUCUCCCGGCCGCGGGAGGAGGAGGAAGAGCCAUGUAAGUUCUGAAUUGCCAGGCGUCCUGUGAGAAGAUGGGGGAUGCUGCAGACGCCAAGGAGAUGAGGAAGACUUUCAUUGUUCCUGCCAUCAAACCCUUUGACCAUUAUGACUUCUCCCGAGCGAAAAUCGCCUGUAAUCUCGCCUGGCUGGUGGCCAAGGCCUUUGGGACAGACAACGUUCCAGAAGAACUACGAGAACCAUUUUAUACAGACCAGUAUGACCAGGAGCACAUUAAACCACCUGUUGUUAACUUGUUGCUGUCUGCAGAACUCUACUGUCGUGCUGGGAGCCUUAUUCUCAAGAGCGAUGCUGCAAAACCACUUCUAGGUCAUGAUGCUGUUAUACAAGCCCUGGCACAAAAAGGCCUUUAUGUCACUGACCAGGAAAAGUUGGUGACUGAACGAGAUCUUCACAAAAAGCCAAUUCAGAUGAGUGCUCACUUGGCCAUGAUUGAUACUCUUAUGAUGGCAUAUACGGUAGAGAUGGUCAGUGUUGAGAAAGUGAUUGCAUGCACUCAGCAGUAUUCGUCCUUCUUCCAAGCUACAGAUCUACCUUAUGACAUUGAAGAUGCUGUCAUGUACUGGAUAAACAAGGUAAAUGAACAUUUGAAAGACAUAAUGGAACAGGAACAAAAACUAAAAGAGCAUCACAGUGCAGAAUCUGCAGGAGGUCAAAAGUCUCCUACCAAAUGGUUUUGGAAACUGGUUCCUGCUCGUUACAGGAAGGAGCAAACAUUGCUUAAACAGCUGCCCUGCAUUCCAUUGGUGGAGAAUCUGCUGAAAGAUGGUACAGAUGGUUGUGCUCUAGCAGCCCUGAUCCACUUCUAUUGUCCAGAUAUCGUUAAACUGGAGGAUAUUUGUUUGAAAGAGACGAUGUCUUUGGCUGACAGUCUGUAUAAUCUACAAUUGAUUCAAGAAUUUUGUCAGGAAUACCUUAACCAGUGUUGCCAUUUCAGUCUUGAGGAUAUGCUCUACGCAGCUUCUUCAAUAAAGAGUAACUACAUGGUGUUCAUGGCAGAAUUGUUCUGGUGGUUUGAAGUGGUGAAGCCAUCAUUUGUACAACCUCGAGUUGUUGUGCAUCCCCAAGUUGAACCUGCAAAAGAUUUACCUUCUGCUCACAGCUUGAAUGCUAACAGAAGAAAUUAUGUGGAUGGCCCAUCUGGUUCUGACUUCAUAGCCAGAUUGGAAAGUCCAACUUAUACACCAUCUCACCAACUCCAUACACCCCAGCAGUCUUAUUCAUCUGUUCCAGGAGUCAUCAGGCGGUCCACAUCAAUGUCUUAUGUAGAUGGGUAUGUAGGGACAUGGCCCAAAGAAAAAAGGUCAUCAUUACAUGGAGUUUCAUUUGACAUUUCUUUUGACAAAGAAAAAAGUAUUCCAGUAACUACUCCAAACAGAGGAAUGACUAGAUCUGUGAGCAAUGAAGGCCUUACACUAAACAUCAACCGCAUGCCGAAACAUAUUAGAAAAAAUCUGUCCUUCAAACCAGUAAAUGGAGAAGAGGAAAAUCAAGAUAUUGAAGAGGAAAAGGACAUGAUAGCUCAUAAAGACACAAAGGCCAAUCAGCCUCUCAACACAAAUAAAAAAAAUGCCAAUGGGAGCAGCUGCCACAGGUUUCCAAAUGGAGCUUUGCAAAACAGGGCAGUUCUGGAUGAUUUUGGCAAUCAGAUUGAGACACCAAGCAUUGAAGAGGCUUUGCAGAUAAUUCAUGACACUGAAAAAUCUCCCAGAGUUAUCCAACCAGACCAAAUUACAAAUGGGUUCUUUCUUCACAAUCAGGAAAUGAGCAUCUUGAAUUCAAACAUUAAACCAAAUCAGUCUACCCCUGAUAUAAUUACAGACACAAAAGGUGCUCUGAGUCCUGUGACUGACAAUACAGAAGUAGAUACUGGAAUACAUGUCCCUUCAGAAGAUAUUCCAGAGACGAUGGAUGAGGAUUCUUCUUUGAGAGAUUAUACUGUAAGCAUGGACUCUGACAUGGAAGAACCAUCUAAAUUUCUCCAGGAUUAUGACGUGCGAGCUAGCAAUCACAGAGAUCAAUUAAGUCCCUGUCCCAGCUCAGUAAGUACUAAAUCACAGGCAGGCAGCAGUGCUUCUUCAAGUUCAGGGGUUAAAAUGACUAGCUUUGCAGAGCAGAAAUUCAGGAAGUUAAAUCACACGGAUAGUAGAAGCAGUGGGAGCAGUUCUCAGAAAACCACACCAGAAGGUUCUGAGUUGAACAUCCCUCAUGUGGUUGCUUGGACUCAUAUUCCUGAGGAAGCAUCUGUUCCUCAAGGAAGAGACACUACACAGUUACUGGCUUCUGAAAUGGUACAUCUUAGGAUGAAACUAGAGGAAAAGAGGCGAGCCAUUGAAGCACAGAAGAAGAAAGUUGAAGCUGCAUUCACAAAGCAGCGGCAGAAAAUGGGAAGAACAGCAUUUCUUAAUGUUGUGAAAAAGAAAGGUGAUGGAGUAUCACCUCUCCGAGAAGAAGCAGCAGGGGCUGAAGAUGAGAAGGUAUUCACUGACAGUAAUCAGUUGAAAGAAAAAGAAACUCAAAAAUCAGAUGAACAAACUAGUAAGACUUCAGAAUUAAUAAAAGAAAACCCUGAAAAUUCUCAUAGCAAAUGGUUAAAAUCUCCUGCUACUCCUAUGGAUGCUGAAAAGCAAUGGAAUUUAACAAGCCCCUCAGAAGAAAAUUUUAAUGAAGGAGAUAUCUUAGAAUAUACAAAAUCUAUUGAAAAACUAAACUCUUCCCUACACUUUCUACAACAAGAAAUGCAACGUCUAUCCCUUCAACAGGAGAUGUUGAUGCAGAUGAGAGAGCACCAGGCUUGGGUUAUUUCUCCUCCUCAGCCUUCUCCUCAGAAGCAGAUUCGGGACUUUAAGUCUUCAUCAAGGCAAAUGGGAACUCCAUCUCCUGUUGCACCUUUCUCACAGGAAUCUCCUCGCUCUACACAUCAAUCUCCACAGUCUUCCAACAGGAAGAAUGCCUCUUUUCACAUUAAAAUGCAAAGGACUCCUAGGCCAAAUGAACUGAAAAUAACACCUCUAAAUCGUACCUUGACUGCCCCACGGUCUGUGGAUAGUCUUCCCCGUUUGAGGAGGUUUUCUCCAAGUCAGGUUCCCAUUCAGACUAGAUCAUUUGUUUGCUUUGGAGAUGAUGGUGAACACAUAGGUGAACCUCAGUUAAGGGGAAAUCUUUUGAAGGAAGUCAAGCCCACAGAAGAGGUAGCAAAAGAAGAAGGACCAAAACUGCUGAAACAGUGUGAACAGAAGUUGGAGGAAAAGGAGAUUAAGCCUAUUGAAUCUAAUGUUUCUGAAGUAUUAGCUCAGCCUAUUACAGAAACUGUCUGCGUCACCCCAAAUGAAGAUCAGCUAAGCCAACCGAUUUUGCCAACACCAGCUCCCAAAACAGCUAACCUAAUUGAAGUUUCCUUAUCAGAUUUGAAGCCACCAGAAAAAAAUGAAGUAUCUGUUGAGAAAUAUGAAGGUGAGAGUGAUAGAGAACAAUUUGAGGAUGACCAGAAAGUGUGUUGUGGAUUCUUUUUUAAGGAUGAUCAAAAGGCAGAAAAUGAUAUGGCAAUGAAACGAGCAGCAUUAUUGGAGAAGCGUUUGAGAAGGGAAAGAGAGACUCUGCUUCGAAAGCAGCAGCUGGAAGCAGAACUAGAACAUAAGAAAGAAGAGACAAGACGCAAAACAGAAGAAGAACGUCAGAAGAAGGAGGAUGAACGAGCACGGCGAGAAUUUAUUAAGCAGGAAUAUAUGAGAAGGAAACAGCUAAAGCUUAUGGAAGAAAUGGAUACUGUCAUAAAGCCACGUUCCCUCUCAAUCAAACAAAAAAAGCCACGUCCAAAAUCUAUUCAUAGAGAUCAUAUUGAAUCACCUAAGACACCAAUCAAAGGUCCACCAGUAUCUAGUCUUUCAUUGGCAUCGCUGAAUACAGGGGACAAUGAGAGUGUGCAGUCAGGCAAGAGAACACCAAGGUCUGAGUCUGUGGAAGGAUUCUUAUCUCCAAGUCGCUGUGGUAGUCGUAAUGGAGAAAAAGAUUGGGAAAAUGCAUCUACAACUUCUUCAGUCGCCUCUGCUACAGAAUACACAGGACCAAAGCUCUUCAAAGAACCCAGUGCUAAAUCUAAUAAGUAUAUAAUUCAGAAUGCGCUGGCACAUUGCUGCUUGGCUGGAAAAGUAAAUGAAGGUCAAAAGAAAAAGAUACUGGAGAUGAAGAGCGAGCACACAGUCAGGUACUGCUUCUCCAAGGAAGGAAUAGGAACUUGUGACACAUUCAGAACUAGAUCCCUGAUGUUUGCCUGACAGAACACUAAAAAUAUUCAGAAGAAUCACAGAAUUCACUAAGUCAUAGAUCUUUCAGAAGCUGUGUAUCUAAUUCCCAUUGAUUUUAAGAUCCAGGCCAAUGUCUGUUCUUCCAACCUUCAGAUCUGCCAGCUCAGACUUACAUUAAUUUCUAGGGAAUAGACAUCUGUAAGAAUUUUCAGUGUGUCUUAAUAAAUCGUUUUCUUGACACAAUCUAAUAGAUGUCUUGUGACACUUACACUUAUUUUAAAUACAUAUGGCAAAAAAGCCUAAAUGACAUUUCAAUAAAUUCAUAAUAUGACCAUUUAAAAAAAAAACUCUAGGCAUAUUUCAGUAUUAUUUAUAAAGGGCUGCAUUUUAUUUCAAAACAGUGUUUGAUUAUUUUAUAGAUUACUAUUCUGUUUCAGUGUUUGUUUCGCUUACAAUUUGCUUUUAACAUAGCACUGUUCUGAAAAAAAAGAAACUACAAACUUGAAACCUCCCCUAAAUCUGUGGCUAUUUUGAUAAUGUACACCAGAGGAUUUGUUGGGGGAAAAAAAUCUCAUUCUCAGGAAAAGACUUGAAUGAUUUGUGAUUCUGUUCUGUUUCAGUGUUGUGACAACUACAUUAACAUAAGACAGUAUUGUACUAUAAGUAUGUAGUCCAUUCUGUUUCAUGAGGAGACUAAAACUAUGUUCAUAUUUCUCUCACUAAACUGCUUUGAGAGAAACCAUGCCUCACUACUAUGAUGUGCUCAUUUACUUACAUAAAAGAUGCACAGGAAUGAGAUGUCAUUAAGCAGUUUAGAACAGUACUUUUUUUAAAUUAUUAUAAGGCCUUAGGCAUCAAUGCAUCUGGGUUAAACAUUUUCUCAAAAAUGCUGUCAGUUUUACUGUAAUUUAUGUUCUUAUAUUUAUGUAUAUUUGUUAAAACUGUAAAAAAAGAAAAAACACUUUAAAAUACAUGUUUAAUAUGUAUGUGGCUCAAAACUAUUUGUGGUUGGCUGAUUCCUACUGUUUGCAUGUAUAUCACCAGGAUAUGUAACUCUUAUAUUUCAAGUAUAUACAUAUUGUGUAUAUAGGAUAUAAAUAAUAUUAAAAAGGGGGAAAGAGGGUUUGCACAUUCUGCCUGUUAGACAGUUCCUACAAAUACCAUUGCAGGAACAUCUUGAAUAACAAUAUGAAACUGUGUAUAAUAUACAGUGAUUCAAGAAACCAGGAGGUUGAAAUUAACUGAUACACAUAUGGUGAAUAUCUUCAAAAGAAGUUUUAUCAUGGGAGGCUUUUUAUUUCUAAAAUCUGUACUAUGAUUUAACUGAAGAUUUGCAACACCACAAAGACACAUGCAUCAAUCUAAUCAAAGUGAGCUUAAAUACAUGACAGGAAUUCUUUGAGAUAUUUUAAAUAUAUCUGAAUGUAUUACAAAAUUUACAUUUGUCAACAGGUUACAGAUUUGUGCAAUGUCUAAAAGUAGAAUGUGAAUAAUGCAGUUGAAAAUUUCAUUGCUCGCAGUAUAAAGUUUUACUUAAUACAGGAAAAGUAAAGCUAGAUACACUUUUCCUUUUUAAGCCUGCAAAUUUUCUAAUUACAGUGGAUCUUUGGUUGGGAUCAUGUUUAAAAAAAAAAGAAAAUUUAAAAAAAAAAAAGGAAGCUUCCCAUAAAGGCCAGUAUUUAUCACUGACCUUUUCAGAACACACUGGUGCUUUCAUCAGGGGUAUUAUUAUUGUUGCUACAACUGAAUUGCCAAACUCUCGUCUUAGUUUUUUGGAGCAAAAUUUCAUAUUCUAACAGUCAUCAUAGCUACUGAUUUUUUUUUUUUUUUUAAUGUUAGUAUGACUGUUAGUUUUUAUUAUUUGGCUGUUUAAAGCCAAAUUCAGCUAUUUAAUUAUGAUUUAAUGGGCACUGUUGAAAAAUGUACAGUGUAUUGUGUGCUUACUUGUCCACUUCUAUGGAGCAUAGCUUCCAUAUUUUUUUUUAAAUGCUGUGCUGUAAAAUAUUGUCAUUGCUACUUACGUGGUACAGUGUAGUUUUUCCUUUCAUUUAAAUAAAAGCAUGGCACCAAAA